AUGAAUUUGCUCAUAUUAUCAUAUUUAGGUUACCUGAUCUUGGCCUUGAUAGCCUAUCUCGUGAUUGCCCCAAUUCCAAAGCUCUUGUACUACAAGAUUAAGUAUGGCUCCGCUGUUGAGAUAUACUAUUUCCCAUUUAUUGGGUUAAUAGGCCAAAUCCUAAUAGAUUUGGUAUUUAGAUCAGAUGUGUUCUAUUCCUAAAAAAGAUUAGUGCUAAAGAACAACAAGGUUAAAUUACAUAUCUCUAAUGAUUUGAAAGGCGGAGUUCACUUCACCUUGAUUGAUCCAAAACUUAAGAAGUUAGUAUUUUUUGAUCAAGAAUCUUAUAAGAAAAUGGAAGGCAUGCCAUUUGCGGACACAUUUGCAGAUUAAGGAUUGCUUUUCUAAAACGGCAAGAGUUGGCAUAAAUCAAGAUAGAUGUUAACUAAACAUUUCACAAAUUAAGAUCUAUUAGUAAUGGUCGAGACAUUAAAGUAAGAAUGCAAGAAACUUCAAUUAAAGGAUGGUCCAAUUGAUAUUUUAACUGUAUUGAAAUAGUUGACGAGCACAACUAUUACAAAAACAUUUUUUGGAAGUGAAAAUAAUGAAAUCGCAGAUUUGGGUGUUUAAGUUAACAAGAACAUGGAAAAAAUUAUGUUGUUCUUGUUAAAUCCUUUAAUUGUAUUGAGAUGUUUUGCUUUGAAACUGAAUAAGAGCACAACUCCUUCAUUUUUAUUAUCAUCUGGAGAAAAGGCAUUUCUUAGAGAACUGUAAGCUUAAAAAUAAAGAAUCAUAUCUGAAAUAGAAUAGGGAAUAAAAAAAAUCAAAGAGAAUUAAACAUUAUAAGACAAUAUAUUAACUACAAUGUGUAAAGAAAUUAUAAAUAAUAAUAUCACAAAAGAAGAAGCUGUUCAUUAAUAUUUCACCCUUCUAAUUGCUGGCAUAGACACAACUAGUCAUAUUGUUAAAAACUUCUGCUAUGCUUUAGGGCUCCAUCCAGAAGUACAAGAGAGACUCAGAAAGGAAAUAAACAGCCAUAUUCAAUAAUUUGAUGAUCUGAGACCACAACAACUAAGUGAAUUUAAGUUAUUAGAUAACUUUAUUAAUGAGGCCUAUCGACAGUAUACAGCAGCGCCUUCAUUGUUCAAUAGAAUUGCCCUUAAAGACAUUUAAUUAGGAGAGUUCACAAUCUUAAAAGGAUAGAGCAUGGAUUUAAAUAUGAUGAUGAGUCAUUUUGAUCCAUCUAUUUUUGAGAACCCACUUAAGUUUGAUAUUGACAGAUGGAACUCCCCAGUAUUAGAUCCAUAUUCAUUUACUCCAUUUUCCGCUGGCCCUAGAAAUUGUAUUGGAUAACACUUAGCAACUUUGGAGCUGAAGACUUUGCUUAUUUUUCUGAUUAUGAAUUUUAAUCUAGAAUUAAAUAAUGGUAAGAUUUAAUUAGGAUUGUCAAAUUUAUUUCUUAGUAUUGAAAAAUAUUAAUAAAUAAUUAUGAGUUCAAAUCCUUAUUUUUUGAUUCUUCAUCAUCAAUAUGAUCAGGCUCUCUAAUUGUUGGUUAGUGAUGAUUAUGAGACACUUGUCACCAAAUCGAUAGCCUUAUAUCAUCUUGGCAAAUAUGAUGAUGCAUUGUCCACAUUAGACAAAGCGAUCUAACUAAGUUCAGACAGAUUUGAAGCCUAUUAUAGAAAAGGAUUGAUCAACUUCAUAUGUGGAAAGAUCUAGUAGGCAUAGUUAGAUUUAUAAAAAAGUCUUUAAUUCAAUCCAAAACAUAAGGAAACGUAAUAACAACUUUUGAAAUGCGAACUAGAACUCAAGAAUAUUAAACUUGUCUAAACAGCCUAAGAAAAAAUAAUCUAGUAAUUUAAAGAAGUCCCUUAAAAUUCUGAAGCACAGAGGACAGAUAUUUAUUCAACAUCAGGCAAAUUGAUGUAUAAAUGGUAUCAAACAGAUCUUAAAGUUGGUAUAGAAAUACAUCACGCAUUACCAAAUAGUGCAGACUUAAAAUAUUAGUUUGAAAAAUAAAGAUUGCAAUUAUCAUUUCCUAUUGAAAAAGGAAACAACUUUGAACUUGAUCUGGAUUUAUUUGCUGAAAUUAUUCCAGAAACCAGCAAGGCCAAGGUGGGAUUGAAUUCAAUAGAAAUCAUUAUGGACAAAAAAGAUAAAACUUUGAAUUGGGGAUCAUUGCAGAGGAAGGCUGAAGAGCAAUAAUAAAUCCCAAUCAUGGAAUAGGCAGCAUACCCCACAUCAUCCAAAAAAAAGAAGGAUUGGAGUAAAAUUGACAAGGAGAUUGAAGAGGAUAUCAAUAAACAUAAGGAAGAGUAUGGUGAAGAUCCUUUGAAUAGUUUGUUUAAAUAAAUUUAUUAAAAUGGGGAUGAGAAUACCAGAAGAGCUAUGAUAAAGUCAAUGCAAACUUCAGGAGGAACAGUAUUGUCAACUAAUUGGGAUGAAGUGAAAGUUAAAGAUUAUGAAAGGAAGGACAGACCAUCACCACCAAAAGGAUAAGAAUAUAAAAAGUUAGGAUGAGUUAUUAUUAAUAAACAAUAAAUUU